AAGUCGAAAACCGUAGCUAAGCGAUCGACAAAGAAGUACUUAGAGGAAGCGCUUUACAGAAAGCUCCUGAAAGGCGGGAGCGAAGAAGAAAGCGUGAGGCAACAGCUGAACGAGUUCUUGAAAUCCCAUAAGUCCGCAUAUAAAUGGGAGGCGGAUCAUUCCCUCAAGCUCCUCCGACAACGCAAGCUCUAUGGCCCUGCCCUCAAGGUCUCUUCCUUCGUUUCCUUAAGCCCUAUACCCUGUAACUCCGCUUCUGUAAAAUGAUUCUUCUAUGCAUCCUUGAUUUGGAGGAUAUAAGAAAUGGUUGCAGGAAAUUUUUUUUUUUUUGUGAGUUGCAUUGCAUUUCUUGUAUGUGGGUUCUCUCAGUGUCGGUUUAAUUCUCAUUUGGGUCAGUAAAAGUAGGGAACUUUAGGAUCAAUUGGUGAUGGUGAUUAUGACAGUUGGGAUUAGGUGUAGUAAGAAGGCAGUUAUUUUACUUUUCCUUGGAGUAUAUGCCGUUGAAUAAAUGCUAGAUAUGUUGGUUGAGAAAAAGUUAUCAUUUUUGUUGGGCAUUGCUUUGUAGGUUUUAUAUUGAAGAACAAAUUUUUAAUUGGUAAAAGAGAGAGGGGGAAAUUGUUUUGGCAUUUUUUGGUUGAUAGGUUUUCAAACACAACUGUGGAAUUACUCAUUAGGAAAUGUAAGGCUGGUGCUCGGAUAGUCUGGUUAUAGGUUCUGAAUUAGCUACACAUCAAAUUUCCCGUCUUGUUGCAGCGCCUACUCUGCUACAUCUUCCUCCAAUUGUUGCCAUGGAAACAUAAAAAGCUGGUCUCAGCUUUUAACCUUCAUGCAAAAGGGGGUAAACAAUCUUUCAGGCUCAGACUUCCAGUGUGGUUAUCAGCUAGGCCCGACUAUCAUAUAUUUCAUGGUAUCAAUAGCCCGUUUUCUUGGGAGUUGCGUUUAACAAUGUUGCUUCUUGUACUAGGAAGUGCAGCCAAUGGAAAAGAAAACGAAUUAGUGUUCCUGCAAGCCUGUGUCCCAAGCUGUCAGAAAGUAUGACAAAGAGGGGAAUGAACAAGACGGUUAGUGAUCAAGCUAUACAUAUCGAUCUUAUUGCAAAAGUUAGAGGGAUUGCAUCAGCAGAAACAUACUUCAUCAAUUUGCCUGAAGCAUCAAAGAAUCAUUUAACUUAUGGUGCUCUUUUGAACUGUUACUGUAAAGCCUUGAUGAUUGACAAAGCAGAGGCUCUAAUGGAUAAGAUGAAGGAACUUAAUUUAUCAUUAACCUCAAUGCCCUAUAACAGCUUGAUGACCCUGUACACAAAAAUUGGGCAGCCUGAGAAAAUCCCAUCCAUAAUCCAAGAGAUGAAAGCUAGUGACAUUUUGCCUGAUUCUUAUACCUAUAAUGUCUGGAUGAGGGCUCUUGCUGCUGAAAAUGAUAUUACUGGGGUGGAGAGGGUCAUUGACGAGAUGAAGAGGGAUGGUCGAGUCUCUGGAGAUUGGACAACAUAUAGCAACCUGGCAUCAAUUUACGCUGAUGCAGGCUUGUUUGAUAAAGCAGAGAAGGCACUCAAAGAAUUGGAGAAGAAAAAUGCUCGCCGAGAUCUUUCUGCAUACCAGUUCUUGAUCACAUUAUACGGCCGCACUGGAAAUCUGCUCGAAGUUUAUCGUGUGUGGCGGUCUUUAAGGCUGGCUUUUCCUAAGACAGCAAAUAUAAGCUAUCUGAAUAUGAUUCAAGUGUUGGUUAACCUCAAUGAUUUACCAGGUGCUGAAAAAUGUUUCAGGGAGUGGGAAUCUGGCCACCCAGCUUAUGAUAUUCGUAUUGCAAACGUCCUUAUAGGAGCUUAUGCUAAACAAGGUUCAUUGAAGAAGGCUGAAGAGCUAAAGGAACGAGCCAGGAGGAGUGGGGCCAAGGCUAAUGCUAAAACUUGGGAGAUUUUCCUUGAUUACUAUCUCAGAAAUGGGGAGAUCAAACCAGCCGUAGAGUGUGUCGAGAAUGCAAUUAUAACUGGUAGAGGAGAUGGUUCUAAGUGGAUCCCAUCCUCCACAGUUGUAAGAGAACUUAUGGAACAUUUUGAGAAAAAGAAGGAUGUUGAAGGUGCGGAAGGUUUUGUGGAGAUUUUGAAGAAGGCUGUGGAUGAAUUGGGUGUUGAUGUGUUCGAAUCAUUGCUUAGGACAUAUGCAGCUGCUGGAAGAACUAGUCCUAUCAUGCGCCGGCGGAUCAAGAUGGAGAAUGUGGAAUUAAGUGAGCAAGGUAGGAAGCUGCUAGAUGGCAUCUCUGUGGAGUGACAGCUUUCACGUAUAAUUUUCUCAUAGAAUGUUACCUGAAGAGGUGAGGGAAAGGAUUUGCAUUUCAACUUCUUAUCAAAUAGCUGAUGUCUAAGAUGUCAGCUUAGAUGCUGAUUUUUUGGAGGAGGACAUUUGUAGGACUUCUUUCCUUGGGCACUGGGGCCUCUGGAUGCUUAGAGAAUUCUUGGAAACUUUAUGGAGCUACAGAACAGCAAUUCAGUGACAUAAAAUAAACAGCUUUUGGCGAUGUAUUUUUGGUAGCUACAUCUGUAUUGACAUCUGAAGGUUCUGCCCAGUUGAAAUGGCCUUCAGAAGGAAAAUGGAAACAUGUUUCGAACGAACACAAUUACUUUAACAUGGAUUUAUUUUGGGGAUUCA